CUUUGAGGCAAAUGAUGCAGGAACGUAAACAGGAAAAAAGAAAGUCUACAAUUGCUGAUAUGGUUGCUCCUUUGCAAUUGACAGUCGGAGCUGCAACAUCUACAAUUCCUAAGGAAGAACCUGAAAUGAAAAGCAAGUUUAUGGUAAAAGCAGGAAAUAUUAUCAAAAAACAUAAUGACUAAAUUUUGGAUUUGGGUUGUUGCUAUAAUGUUAUUCGUCAGCGGAGUUACUGGGCAAAGAAUGACCGUUUUUAGAAUUAUUUACAUGUCCUUGUUUUUGAUAUUCAUGCUCACAUUUCAAAUAUCCUGGAAAAUUUGGCGCAAAAUUAUGUACGGUUUUUGGUUAACCGUAAUAGUCUUUUCCAUGUGCAUCCUAAUUAUGGUCUAUACAUAUCAAUUUGACAACUUCCCUGAAUAUUGGCAAGAUUAUGCCAAAAUUCCAAGUAAAUUACAAUUAGAUAUAGGUUUAGAAAGAUACCAGACCAGGGAGUUAUUCAUAAAACUUGUAACGCCUACAUUUUUCGUAAUAAUAUCUGUGAUUCAGUUGCACUAUUUUCAUAAGGAUUUCUUGGCGUUAUCUGACAUGAAACGAAGGACUAGUAGUGUAGGUAAUAGAACCCAAUUUUCAGCACGUUCAGAUGCAAGUUCUGCACAAGGAGGACCUUUUAGUAUUUAUGGUUCAGAACCUGCAGAUGUCGAAGAACCUACAACCAAAGAACCACCAUCUGUUAUUUUAGAAAGAGAACUUUCGAGUGACUCCUUAGUUAUCCAUCAAGGCGUCCAAAAAAUUAAAAGUAUCCUCAAGGAUAUUUACGAACUUACUUUCCAAGCCUUAGAACUGCACAUGGUGAAGAUUAUAAUGUUUUCCAUAAUGAUUAUGUGCAUAUACGAGGUUUCUGCAAUGCACAUCCUGUUCGUCCUUCUAAUUUCCUUAUGUCAAAUUUUCGACAGCAAAUGGCAAGUAAUAGUCACCAAAAUUAUAACAGUCGUCGUUUCAGUCUUAUUUAUACUAAAAAUGAUAUAUCAAAUUGAGUAUAUAGAACACACAGAUUAUGAUGUCAACUGUACAGAUAGUAAUGGUGAGGAGCAUGUGUACAAUACUGCUGAAUGGAUUGGAUUCGAAAAAAUCAGUUCAGGAGUUUCUUUGUCGAAUCUUUUGCAAUGUUAUAUAGGAAUUAUUGUUGUAACGACUUUGAAUGCUUUGGUUAUUAUUAGACAACAAUAUGAAAGGUUUUUGCAAGGUAAACCCCAAACCCGACCUUACUACAUGUUUCCUGGUAUAACACGAGCUGAUGCUGAUAAAGAUGUACGGCACUGCCUUAAAUAUUUGGCUAAUUUCGGAUAUUACAAAUUCGGAUUAGAGAUAAGUCUGAUAGCAACUGUAGGAGUAAUCUGCAUACGUUUGGACGCUUUUGCAAUUUUUUACGGAAUUUGGCUUUUGGUAUUAUUUGGCCUAAAACGUAGAAUGGCAUCAAAAAUUUGGCCUGCUUAUGUAAUCUUUAUAGUAGUCAUAAUUCCUUUACAAUAUUGUAUGGUCGUCGGAUUUCCACCAUCACUUUGUAUACCUCUUCCUUGGGGUGAUAGUGAUAUUUUACGUCGAACCCAAGAAUUCAUGUUUUUGGCAGAUCCUGUAAAUCCUCCGCCGGUUCAGAAAUUAAUUUGCGACUUUUUGCUUUUAGUUCUUGUUUGUCGACAGCAAUUAGUGUUUCGUAUCGAAAAACGAUAUGCCGGUGUCGAAUAUCCUGGUGGAAGCAAUAGUAGUAUUGUAAAACAUGCAGAGGAGCCUUUUUUCAAAAAUCCUGUUCCUGAUUUUAUAAGCGAUCUGAGAUCUUGGCUGGAUGUGGUAAAACGUAUUUUAUUCACAUCAUUUUUAUGGAUCAGUUUGGCAACAGUAUUUUUAGCAGGCAGUUUAAGAGUCAACAUAUUUUCUUUGGGGUACCUAAUUGGCUCUUUUUACUUUUUGUGGCAAGGAACUGAUUUAUUACUACGACCUAUCCCUAUGAUGAUCAAAGGAUGGAAUGGUCUAAUGGCUUUCAAUGUAUCAGUAAUCGUAUGUAAAGCUGCCUUACAAAUCGUGGGUUGUAUUUUUAUAAAAGAAGUCGAAGUCCAUGCUUGUUGGGCGAUUCAACUUUUAGGCAUAGGUUGUAUACAAAAGUUUUCGCCUUCGUCACAAUUUUUAGAUCCUUCAAAGUGUUCGGUACCGAGAGAAGACAUCGGUUUGGCGUGGGAUGGUGCUUGUUUUGCAUUUUUAAUUUUGCAGAGGAAAAUAUUUAAGAGCUACUACUUUUUCCAUAUUAUUAACGAAGUUAAAGCUAUGACAAUGCUUGCAUCUAGAGGUGCAGAAUUAAAAGAAGAACUCCAAAGAAAAAGAGUUGCAGAGCAAGAAGAUGAAGAGAAAAAUAUUCUUGAAAAGAUUAGGCAAAAAAUGGAUCGUAUUAAAGCAAAUCAAAAGCGAAUUCAAGGACCUACUUUUAUGGAAAAACAACAUAAAGAAACUUCUCAUUGUGCUGAUUUACUAUUUGGAUCCGAAUGUAGACCAG